AUGCUCAAUUAUGUUUUAUUAUUGUUGACUAUUCAUUGUGUACAUUCAAUUCAAAAUAUUGUCGAAGGGCCCAGAGAUACAACUAUAAUAGUUGGUAAAACAGUUGUUUUAAAAUGUAUUGUUCAAUAUCAAGAGGGAGUUGUGCAGUGGACAAAGAAUGGAUUUGGAUUAGGAACUUCUAGAGAGCUCAAAUACUUCCCUCGCUACUUUAUGAUAGGAGAUGAAGCUGAAGGCGAAUUCAAUUUACAGAUUAUUAAUGCUACCAUAGCUGAUGAUGAUGUGUAUGCAUGUCAAAUAUCGGAAGCUGCCAACCAGCCGGCUGUUGUAUCAAAACCAGCUAAACUGUCAGUUCUAAUGCGUCCUUCAUCUCCACAUUUGUCGAAAAUGUCAAAUAGGAACGUUCUAUCUGCCAUUGCUGGAGAGCCAAUCAGUCAAGCUUGCAUUGUACGCAAAGGAAUACCACCUGCUCGUGUUGGCUGGGCUAUUGCUUCAGACGCUCAAGGAAAGAACAUUGUUGCUUGGUUAGGAGAGACACGUUCUAAAUUUGGUAACCUUUAUGCUCACUUGGGCCUUUCUCAAAUCUCUUUAAAAUCUGACACUUCCGAGGAUAUUCAACGAGAUAAUCUAACAUAUAGCGUAAUUAGCAAUAUUUCUUUCUAUGCUAGGCCAAGUGAUGAUCAAAGAUAUCUUGUUUGUAUCUCACAGCAUGAAACAUUCGGACGACGGGUAGAAGUUGAUAGCGUACGAAUGUCUCUCGAUUAUUUGCCACAAGUAAACAUAACAGUUGCUUCGACCUCGAUCCUGAAAGAAGGGGAAGCCGCUUUACUGGCAUGUAACAUUGACGCUAAACCCUUGGAAGACUUAAAAGUCCAGUGGUUUCGAAACUCUGAACAAAUUGAUAUAACGACAGAUACUAUGGUGAUUGAAACAUUACGCAUGGAAGAUCAUAACGCCGAAUAUGCUUGUCAAGCUUCAAACACUAUCGGAACGUCUAAAAGCACAUUACGUCUCAACGUUUCCUUCGCUCCACGAAUAGUAACAACUGCUCAAACAAAAGAAGCUAAUGAAGGAGAGGCUGUGUCUUUUCGAUGCGAAGCAACUGGUAAUCCUCAGCCCGUUAUUCAAUGGACGAAGUCUGGGAGUGAUGAAAUCAUUGGGAAAGGAGACAUUCUUGUUUUCGAAAAAGUGAAAAUGUGGCAACAAGGAGAUUAUGUAUGUACAGCUAAGGUUGAAGGCUUCAAACCAGCUACAAAGACCAAUUCUUUAUUUUUAAGAGGCCCUCCCAUUAUGUCUUUAUCAUCUGAAGUAUUAGCUAAAAAGUCGGAAAACGUAAACCUCCUUUGUAAAAUAACUGGUAGACCGCUGCCAGCAGAAAUAAAAUGGUCAAAAAAUGGAAAAGACAUUGUCUUUGCAAGCGGACGUAUGCAGGUUCAUCAAGUUCCACGACCAUAUGGUAUUGAGAGUCGUUUAACUAUAACUAACUUCCAAGAAUCUGAUUAUGGAACUUACAACUGUUCAGCAAACAAUGGGCUAGGAAGCGAUAGAAAAGCAGCUUUAGUUCGAAAACAGAAUUUCAUAGACAUCAUAAUAGCAGGCAUAGACAAGAUAGUAGCAGUCUUCCUAGUUUCAAGUCUUGUGCUCCUCCUGAUAUGCUGUUACACAACUUGCAGAAACAAGAAAAAACUGAGAGGAAGUAAUCACAAGUUCUUUGAUGACCAAGAUCAAGCAGAUGUUACUGUACGCUGUGAAACAAUUGAAAGUACGCAGUACUAUCCUGACCUCUAUAGUGCACCACUAAUGGAAGGAAACUACAUAGCAUCAAUGGAUUACAUUCCAAUUCCACAAAACAAUCCUGAUAAUGAUUAUGCACGACAUCAUGACUCUCUUUAUCCAAAGUAUUUGGAUAAUUCUUGUCACGACACUCUAUGUUGA